AUGCCGGGCUUCAUCCCGUUUCUGCCCACGCCGCCGCUGCCGCAACCGACACGAGCCGCCUCAUCUUCAUCCUCUUCUCGACCUGUGAAUAGCUUCCUCGGCGCUGACCGGGGUCCUCCAAGAGGCAGCAGCAGUCAGGCACCGAUUGAACUUGACAGCGAUUCAGAACCCACUUCAGCUUCAGGGCCCCAAACCGCCGCCGCCACAACUACCACCACUACUGCUACUUCUACCACCAACUCUCAACCUCUCCACCAAAAUUCUGAACCACAACACCUCAAUAUUUGGAGUUGGGGCCUGUUGACGCCCGAUAGCACACAACAACCCCAAGCCCUGCCUUCCUUUUCCGACUUAUCUGCCAAUCUGGAUCUUGGAUCUUUCGACGCAGCUACCUACUUUGGCGCUACUGCCGCCCCGCACACACCUGCCCGCGAGCCGAACAGCGACGAUCUUCUAUCCGCAUUAAUUGACGGGAACUUCUCCUCGCCCUCGUCAUAUCCGCAAUCCUUAGGCAAUCGACAGUCGAGCGGAUACACGAACAGCUCGAGAUCCCACAAUCCGCUCCAGUGCCAGCCCUCGGGCACGUCACUUCGACCGAACAGUUUCGCCCAAAACAGCAGCGACUCGCCACACAACAACACCACUGCCACGUCGGCGGUGACAGCCCCCAGACGACCGACGCCUCACCCAAGUUACUUAGACGGCGAGAUCGAGGAGUCCCUUUUCGUGAGUUCGGACAACGAGCCUGAGGACGCCAUGCCUGUUCAGACUCGUCGAAGAGCGUCUACCAUAAUAAGCUCUGAUCACGAGCCGGAGGAAGUUGUACCCCCGUCCACACGCAAGAGAUCUGCGCCUUCCAACGCGCCAUCAAGAGAUACGCCCGCUUCGACCAAAAGACGGCGAACAUCACAAGCCUCAGCCACGCGCAAUCGGGUAACACCGAGUGCUUUGCAUGCAACACCCCCAAAGGUCGAGGACGAAGAUGACAUUUUUGGCGACAAGGAGGCGUUGAAAGGAGAGGAAAAGGACGAGAAAGACGAAAACAUCAUCGACCUCGCGGCCUCUAACGAGGUGCCGCAGGAGAUGCUUGUUCCAAAGGAGGACAAGAGAACUAAAAUCUCGGCUUUUCAGUGUGUUAUCUGCAUGGACGAUGUCACUGCUUUAACAGUUACACAUUGUGGCCAUCUUUUUUGUUCCGAGUGUCUUCACUCUGCGCUAAACGUGGACGCCACGAAGAAUAAGUGCCCAAUAUGCAGGCAAAAAAUCGAGACCAAGGAUCGGAGCGACUACACUUCGAAAACCAAGGGUUUCUGGCCCCUAGAGCUGAAGCUGAUGACGGCAAGCCGUAAGGGCAAGCAACGAGCAUGA